AUGUCUUUAGGAGCCACAACCGAACGGCCCUCUGCCUGGUGGAGGGCCUGCUCGUCGAUGACCAUGUUCGAGAUUGGCGCCCUGUGUAGGGGCUUUUUACUGGGACUGAGUAAAUUGGAAGUCAAUGGGCUGGAACAGUUUACGGAAUUGCUCGAUUCGCGCCGAGAUCCUUCCAAGAGGACGCGAGGGUUGAUUACAGUAUCCAAUCAUAUUAGCGUUAUGGAUGAUCCUUUGAUGUGGGGAGCUUUGCCUUUUAAAUAUCAUUUCAACCUUCCUUCUUAUAAUCGGCGAUGGGGGUUUGGAAGUCAUGAUAUCUGUUGGGCUACGCGUGCUGGGGCCGCCUUCUUUACCCUAGGACAGGUUCUACCAACACACCGACUAGCAUACUCACCCCACGGCGGUUUAUUCCAAUCUACAAUGACGCAGGGCAUACGGCUGUUGUCCAAAGGACCGUUUCCCGCUGACCCUCAUUUCGCGAAUGUUGAGCGCCAGCGCUGGAGUCUGCAGAACGUCUGCGUCGAUCCAUUUUCCGACCUUCCUACCGCAUACACUACCACCGGCGAGGAUUCGAUUAUCGCGCCUUCGUCAUACGCUUGCAAUUCGUAUUCGUGGGUCCAUAUAUUUCCAGAGGGAAUGAUACACCAGUCUCCGAAGAAAGUCAUGCGGUACUUCAAAUGGGGCGUUUCCCGGCUCAUCCUGGAGUCAUCCGAAUGUCCUGAUGUGGUUCCGAUCUGGAUAGAAGGCACAGACGAAGUCAUGCAUGAAGAUCGCGGAUUCCCUCGCUUUCUGCCUCGUGCUUUCAAGCGUGUUAGCAUUACAUUUGGUGACAAGGCCGACACGGAAGCUGUAUUUGGAGACCUGCGACGGCGAUGGCAACAAUUGAAGGAAAAGGCAGCAAAACGAAAUGCAUCAGUGGCACAGUUACCGCUUGGUGUCUUGAAUGAGGAGCUGAUGUACGGAGAGGAAGCCGUGGAGUUGCGAAAAGAGUGCACCAAAAAGGUUCGCGAGCUUGUGAUCGAAUUGAGACGUUCAAGAGGCCUUUCGGAUGAAGAUCCCAAGGCAAGCCUCGCGGAAACUUGGGCGCUAGAAGGUCCGGAGAGAGAAGGAAAAAUGAACGAUGAGUCUUGGGUGCGGGACACUUGA